AUGGAUCUGCACAAAACAGAGUCUGCAGAGGCAUUCGCCCAAUACAAGGAUUUUGUGAACGAAGAGACAAUAUCUCAUGAAGAUGGCGUUGGCCACGGAACAAACGCCUUGCGCAUUCUUCAGCAGGUUUAUCCUGACGCCGAGGUUUUUGUGGGCCGCGUAUUCGAGAUGGCUAUAGCUAGCGACAGUACCGCAGAGCUCAUGACAAAGUUUCCUGCCAUUCGACAUGCUACUGAAACUUGGAAGGUUGACAUAAUCAUCAUGCCCUCGGGCUUUCCUAGGCACAAUGAUGACAUGGAAAUGGCAAUCGAGGAUGCAAAUCGAGCUCGCACUCUUGUUUUCAGCGCUGCCUCCAACGCUGGCAACCUGGGAGGGAUUAAGUUCCCAGCCAGCUUAUACAGGCACAACAAGGUCUUGUGCAUGUUUGCCACAAAUGCUGAAGCACGCAGUCUGCCACACUUCAACCCCACACCUUUGCCCAAGUCUCCCCACAACUUUGCGAUCUUGGGCGAGGGAAUCGCACUGAAGAAUCAGAGCCCUUUGUCCGGGACCUCAUUUUCGACAGUGGUUGGUGCGGCUCUGGCUGGGCGCAUCAUUGACUUCUCGCGCCAUCCCGACACAAGAAAUCGCAUGCGAGGUCUGAAUCAUAUCAAAAAGGUAGUGGGCAUGUCUUCGGUGUUUCAACGCAUGGCAGUCAAGGAUGGCGAUUACGAUUGCAUUUGUCCCUGGCGAAUCUUGCCAGACUUAGACCAUGGCGAUCUUGUAGACCGGAAGAAUAGGGCUAAAGUGAGAGAACUUUUGUGUGACUCGAUCUCCAUGGCUUUAGAAGAGACGUACAAGAAUUAGAAAAGAGGUUUGGACGCCUAGAA